AUGACCGAAGUCGCCGAUCCCAGCCAUAAGAAGCGCAAGCUGCAAGACGGCCCCGAACUUGAGAUCGAUAUUUCUGCGCCGGAGCCGCCAUCGAAGAAAGCCCUACGAAAGGCAAAGAAGGGAAAGACGACCGACGGAGAGGCCAAAGAUACCGAGAAGGAUACUGAGAAGCCUAAGACUGAGAAGGCCGAAUCUAAAGACCCGGAGAAGCGCUCUGAGUUUGGAGUCUGGAUCGGCAAUUUGUCCUUCAACACUACCAAGGACGACCUGCGCCAAUUCUUCAUCGACGGUUGCUCCUUUGACAAUGAUACGAUUACACGAGUGCACAUGCCCAAGGGUCCCGAGAAGUUUGGGCGUCCUCAGAACAAGGGCUUUGCCUACGUUGAUUUUUCCACCAAAAAGGCUCUGGAGGAGGCAAUUGCUCUCAGCGAGCAACUGCUUACAGGUCGCCGAGUGCUGAUCAAGAAUGCGAACAGCUUCGAAGGUCGGCCCGAGAAGACUGCAGAGCAGGCUAACGGUGCUGCCUCGGCCAAGCCCGGCCAUCCUCCUUCCCGCCGCAUUUUCGUGGGCAACCUGAGCUUCGACGUUACGAAGGAAUCUCUCGAGGAGCAUUUCGCUAGGUGUGGAACCGUGGACAAUGUGCAUAUGGCGACCUUCCAGGACACAGGCAAAUGCAAGGGGUAUGCUUGGGUGGAGUUCGAAGAAAUUGCCUCCGCAGAAGCAGCGGUGAGAGGCUUUGUGACGGAGAAGGAGGAGGAUGAAGAAGAGGAAGAGGAGUCCAACGACAGCUCUGACUCAGACGAAGAGAGCAAGAAGCCAAAGAAGAAGGUCCAGAAGAAGUCCAAGUACCAACGUCGAAUCUGGGUGAACCAGCUCCUGGGCCGCCGGAUGAGAAUGGAGUUUGCUGAGGAUGCGCAAACACGAUACAAGAAGCGCUUUGGCAAGGAUGGCGAAGGAAAGAAGAAUGGUCAACCAGCAAUUACUGAGGAGGGUGCUGAGCCGGCGGAGCAACAGCCCCGAGUUCGCAAGCAAAGGCGGCCAUCCAUUGACGAGUCACGGUACUCCAAAGAGACUGUGCAACGACUCAGUGGUGCCAUUGUCGAAGCCCAGGGUAAGAAGGUCACCUUUGACUAA